ACGCCGAUCGGUGAAAACAGGUGUCUUAUUAAGACAUAAAUAAUCUAUCGAAAACACAGCAAAUUGUGAAAAGCGAUCUCAUAUCAUCGUCGACUAAUUAGCCAGGAGAUGAUAAUUACUUGAGGUCAGCGGUGUUUUAAUAACACAGCAAGCAAUGCCAAAAUGGCGCCAGAAAGAAYACCAGUUAGACUGCUGUCACUUAUAAUAGCUGUAUGCAACGCUUACUSUACAAYASUARACUUAAAAGGAAARUGGAGCAUUCAUAACGCRAAUGGGAGCAUUAAGGUGUAUGGUAAUGUGCCAGGAUCUGUCCACAUGUCAUUGUUGGAGAAUGGUGUGAUCCAAGAUCCUUACUUCCGCUUUAAUGAUGUCAACUAUCGAUGGAUAGCUUACGAUAAUUGGACGUACACAAGAACGUUUACAGYRUCGCAAGAUCUUCUUUCCAAAAMCAAAGUUGUCCUAGUCUGCGAUGGGUUAGAUACAGUAUCAACUAUUAUGAUMAAUGAACAAGUGGUUGGUCAGUCAGUCAACAUGUUUAUCAGAUAUAUAUUUGAUAUCAARGCUGCUCUCAAAGUGGGUACWAAUACAAUACAAAUAAGUUUCACAUCAGCCAUUCAUUAUGCCACAAGGAAAAGCAAGGAAUAUGGUUAYGAUGUCCCCCCUGAKUGUUCUGUGCCUGUUCAGCGUGGGGAAUGUCAUAGGAAUUUUAUAAGAAAAGAGCAGAGCUCAUUCAGUUGGGACUGGGGUCCAGCUUUUGCACCUCAGGGAAUAUGGAGGAAUAUUAGUGUACAAGGUUAUGAGACUGCUGUCAUUMGAGAUGUCAAGAUAAAAACUACUAGAAAAAGUGAAGAUGAGAGAAGUCCCUGGGUAAUAAGUAUAUCCGUCAUAUUUGAAUCAUCAACAAAAGGUCAUGAAGGAAUUCUUUACAUCAGUAUCCCAGAGCUAAUGUUUACAAGGAGCUUUAAAAUCCAAUUAAAGACCGACUUCAAAGAAACAGUCUACAUUGGGAGCUUUGAGUUUCCAUUUGAUAAAGUGGAAUCAUGGUGGCCUAGAGGAUAUGGCAAGCAGAAGUUGUACAGCAUUAAACUUGUUUUUGAGAGUCCUAAUAGCCAGGAGAAAUCAUACUUCAGUGUCAAUACAGGGUUCCGCGAGGUUAAACUGGUGCAAGAGUCUAUCAAAGGAUCCACAGGUCUUAGCUUCUACUUUGAGAUCAACAGACUACCGAUCUUUCUUAAGGGAGCAAACUGGAUACCUGCAGAUUCGUUUGAAGAUCGCGUUAAUGCGUCUGUUAUACGAAACCUACUGCAGUCAGCGGCAGAUGCCAACAUGAACGUAGUGAGGAACUGGGGAGGAGGCAUUUAUCAACACGACAUAUUUUAUACCAUUGCUGAUGAAUUGGGGUUACUAGUUUGGGAGGAAUUCAUGUUCGCGUGUUCCAUGUACCCAACAAACAGUGAUUUCUUGAACAAUAUCAAAGAAGAAGUAGUUUAUCAAAUAGAAAGGCUCAGCCACCAUCCAUCCGUGUUUGUCUGGAGUGGUAACAAUGAAAACGAGAUUGCCUUGGCUCAGAAUUGGUACAAUACAAGUCGUAAUAAGAGUUUGUACAUGAAGGACUACAUCAAGCUAUAUAUCGAUACAAUUAAGAAAACUGUCCAAUCAGAAGACAYCAGUCUUCCGUUCAUUGUCUCUUCUCCGUCUAAUGGACUGGAAUCGAAGAAAGAAGGAUGGCUGUCCAAAUUACCCAAUAGUCCUUUGUGGGGAGACGUUCACUAUUAUAAUUAUACCAUGGAUUGCUGGAACACGUCUGGAUACCCUAAGCCUCGAUUUGCUUCAGAAUAUGGGUUCCAGUCCUACCCAUCUUUUGAAACUCUCAGCCGUGUAUCGAUCGAAGAGGACUGGAACUAUGACAGCAAAUUCAUGGAUCAUAGACAACAUCAUGCAAAUGGCAACGAAGAGAUGAUGAAUGCAAUAUCACGUCAUUUCAACCUUCCAAAUUUAUCAGACUCUACUCGAAAAUUCAAAAACACUUUAUUUCUAACUCAGGUUGCUCAAGCAAUGUGUAUCAAGGUGGAGUCGGAGCAUUACCGAAGACUUCAAAGCCAAUUAAUAAACGGACAAGGAAAGACUAUGGGCGCCAUAUACUGGCAAUUGAAUAGCAUUUGGCAGAGUCCAUCCUGGUCGUCGUUAGAGUACGGAGGCAAAUGGAAGRUGUUGCAUUAUUUCGCCAAAGACUUCUUCAGCCCUGUAAUCUCAUCAGCCUACGAGGAGGGUGACGGAGUGUUAUUUGUUUACGUGGUUACAGACUUGGUGCAGCCAAUAGUAAAUGGUGAAUUGGUAGUUUCAAUAAGAAAAUGGGACUCAUUUCAAGUAUUUCGUCAGUGGACCACCAAUUUUUCCAUCAAAUCACAAACAGCGCAUUUGGUGUUCAGCAAAGCGAUAACRGAAAUCUUGGAAGAGAGUUCGUGUCCAAGUCGUGAUCACUGUGUGCUWUCGCUAUCGGUGAUGAAUAACAACGGGGAUGUCCUGGGGCCAAGUAAUACUUUCUUCCUGUCCAGUCUUUCUAAAGCAGUUGGGCUGAAAGAUCCUGGUCUCAAGGUUGUAAACAUAAAAACAUCGGGGCAAUUUUUUACUCUUGAUAUAUCUGCCGAAUCCCCUGCGCCGUUCGUUUGGUUGUCGGCGGGAAGCAUCAAAGGUCGAUUCUCUGAAAAUGGCUUCCUUCAAGUCCAACCUUCGAGAACGGUAAUUUUUUACCCCUGGGAAACAACAACAGUAGAAGAAUUAACAAAGUCUCUUAGUGUYAUGUCUCUUUACAACACGUACACUAASCAAGAAGACACGAAUCUCUUUAAAUGAAGAAUGUAUCGAUAAAUAAUACAAAUAUAAUUUAUAUUUUACUAAUGUAAUACAAUAUAAUAUUUUCUCAUGGA